CUGUCUUCCUGUGGCGGCGCGGAAGCCUCGAGGUCGGUUACGGCCUCCGGCUCCUUCUCCGUCCAAGAGUCGCGAGGGGGCGUCCGACGCACGAUGGUGGCGUGUACGGCGUAGCUCUGCCCCUUGGAGUGGGAGAGUCGGAUGUGUGGAGGGUGCCGUCCGCCCAUCUUCUGCGGUGUCCCCCAGCUCUGCAGGCCUUCGCUUGCUAUCCCCUUAGAUCUGGGAAAUAAUUUUGAAAAUGUUGUCUGGACUCUUUCGAAUGCAUGGCCUUUUUGUGGCCUCUCACCCAUGGGAGGUCAUUGUGGGAACUGUAACUCUUACCAUCUGUAUGAUGUCUAUGAAGAUGUUCACUGGUAAUGACAAGAUCUGUGGCUGGAAUUAUGAAUGUCCCAAAUUUGAAGAAGAUGUUUUGAGCAGUGAUAUCAUAAUACUGACAAUCACACGCUGUAUAGCAAUCCUUUAUAUAUAUUUCCAGUUUCAGAAUCUGAGGCAGCUUGGAUCAAAAUAUAUUUUAGGUAUUGCUGGGCUCUUCACAAUCUUCUCAAGUUUUGUCUUCAGUACAGUGGUGAUUCAUUUCCUUGAUAAAGAAUUGACAGGUUUGAAUGAAGCUCUGCCAUUUUUCUUGCUUCUGAUUGACCUCUCCAGAGCCAGCGCAUUAGCCAAAUUUGCACUCAGCUCCAAUUCACAGGAUGAAGUAAGAGAGAAUAUUUCACGUGGAAUGGCAAUCCUGGGCCCUACGUUUACACUUGAUGCCCUUGUUGAAUGCCUUGUCAUUGGUGUUGGUACAAUGUCAGGAGUGAGACAGCUUGAAAUAAUGUGUUGCUUUGGCUGUAUGUCUGUCCUUGCCAACUACUUCGUCUUUAUGACUUUUUUCCCUGCUUGUGUGUCUCUGGUGUUAGAGCUUUCACGGGAAAGUCGUGAAGGCCAUCCCAUAUGGCAGCUUAGUCACUUUGCUCGUGUUCUCGAAGAGGAAGAAAACAAACCUAAUCCUGUAACACAGAGAGUCAAAAUGAUUAUGUCUCUAGGUUUGGUUCUUGUUCAUGCUCACAGUCGCUGGAUAGCAGAACCAUCUGCUCAGAACAGUACAGCAGAAAUUUCUAUGGGACUGGAUGAAAAUGCACCAAAGAGAAUAGAGCCUAAUGUUUCCCUGUGGCAAUUCUAUCUUUCCAGAAUGGCCAGUAUGGACAUUGAGCAAGUAAUUACACUUGGCUUAGCUCUUCUUCUUGCUGUCAAAUACAUCUUCUUUGAACAGACAGAGAUGGAAUCCACACUUUCAUUGAAGAAUCCUAUAACAUCCCCAUUGGUGAUCCAGAAAAAAAAUUCUGAAAACUGCUGCAGAAAGCAAUCCCUACCUUUAAAAAAUAUUCCUAAAUCCACUAAAGUAGAAGAUGUUUCCAUUUCCAAAGACGGAAAAGAUGAUACUAUGAAGCCUUUCCUGCCAGAAUCACCGAUGAAGGCCACAUUUGUGGUUGGUGGUUGUGCUCCUGCAGAAACAUCCUUAGUCAGUAAUAGAAAAGAGACUGGAAUUGAAUUGCCUAAAGAGCCACGCUCUGUCGAAGAAUGUCUCAAUAUACUUCAGAAUGCCAAGAUGGGUGUAAAAUUCCUUACUGAUACUGAAGUCAUAAGUUUAGUCAAUGCAAAGCAUAUUCCUGCUUACAAGCUAGAAACUUUGAUGGAAACGCAGGAACGUGGUGUGUCCAUUCGUAGACAGAUGUUAUCUCAGAAGCUUCCUGAACCUUCUUCCAUACAGUACCUUCCUUACAAGAACUACAAUUAUUCCUUGGUAUUGGGUGCCUGCUGUGAAAAUGUGAUUGGAUACAUGCCAAUCCCAGUGGGGGUGGCUGGUCCUCUUCUUCUGGACAAGAAGGAGUUUCAAGUUCCUCUGGCAACCACAGAAGGCUGUCUUGUGGCAAGCACAAACAGGGGGUGCAGAGCAAUAUGUCUUGGUGGAGGUGCCAGCAGUCGCAUUCUGGCUGAUGGAAUGACACGAGGGCCUGUGGUAAGGCUACCCACUGCCUGUCAGUCUGCAGAAGUGAAGGCUUGGCUUGAAACACCAGAGGGAUUUAAGAUAGUCAAAGAUGCAUUUGAUAGCACAAGCAGGUUUGCUCGUUUACAAAGACUUCAUAUUUGUUUGGCUGGCCGCAACCUUUAUAUUCGCUUCCAAUCUAAAACUGGUGAUGCAAUGGGAAUGAAUAUGAUUUCAAAAGGUACUGAGAAGGCACUUGCAAGGCUGCAAGAAGAGUUUCCUGAUCUCCAUGUAGUAGCUGUUAGUGGUAACUACUGUACAGAUAAAAAACCAGCUGCUAUAAACUGGAUAGAGGGGAGAGGGAAGUCUGUGGUCUGUGAAGCAGUCGUUCCAGCAAAGGUUGUUAAAGAAGUACUGAAGACGACCACGGAAGCUAUGAUCGAAGUCAAUAUAAACAAGAAUUUGGUUGGCUCUGCAAUGGCUGGCAGCAUAGGUGGCUAUAAUGCUCAUGCAGCAAACAUCGUUACUGCCAUAUAUAUUGCCUGUGGACAGGAUGCGGCCCAAAAUAUCAGCAGCUCAAACUGCAUCACACUGAUGGAAUCAGCUGGUCCAACCAAUGAAGAUCUGUAUAUCAGUUGCACAAUGCCCUCAAUAGAAAUUGGGACUGUGGGUGGCGGAACCAACCUAUUACCACAGCAAGCUUGUUUGCAGAUGUUGGGAGUGCAGGGAGCAAGUACAGACAACCCUGGAGAAAACGCCCGCCAGCUUGCCAGAAUUGUGUGUGCUACAGUCAUGGCAGGGGAACUCUCCCUCAUGGCUGCCCUAGCUGCUGGGCAUUUGGUCAAAAGCCACAUGAUCCACAAUAGGUCAAAAAUAAACCUACAUGAUCUUCAAGGAACAUGUUCCAAGAAAGCUGUUUGAAUAUUGAUAGAAACUUGAAGCAAAGCAUUGCUACGGCAAAUUGAAAAAUGAAAAACACAUGAUCUGUGAAUUUUAGAAGGAAGAUAGUAAGUGCAGUAAAUUGUUGAAAGACACUUGAGAGUAUCAGUGGAUAUGUACUCCACCAUGGUUUGCUGCAUCCUUUCCCUUUUUUGCCAUGAAAGGAUGCUUCUCUACGAGAAAUACGUCAGAAGGUUUUAAUUUUGACAGGAUCCUUAGCUUGUCCUGAUUCAAACAUUUUACAGAGUAAGGUUCCAGGUGGUCUGUCCAACCUUAUCCAAAAGGAUUACCCUCUAUUCUUUUUGGAAUGAAAAUGCUCUGGCUGGCACACUACUGAGGAGAAAUACAAGUUCUAUAACUCAAUGUUUUUGGUUUUGUUUUUAAACCAGUUUACUCAAUUAGUUGCUUUGCAAUAUUCUGAUCACUGUUUUCAAUCUAACCUGGUAUGUUGUACAUAAAGAAUCUACAGCAGCCACAAACCUGGAAUAUGUUACCAUUCCUUUGGGUCUAGGAAAUAGCUGGUUUCACAGUUCUACCAAAUCAAUCUCAUUUGGGCAGGAGGGGGAUGAAGAGAGUGGCCUUCUGGUUCUUGGUUUUGUUUUCAAAUUUCUGGUAAUUACCUUCAAGUCUGAUAUAACUGCUUCUUACAAAUGUGUUAACCUAAGUUUUAGACAUUGGAAAAUUGAACUGAAUCAAAUGGUAAUACUAUAAGCCUCUUUUGGAGAACUUCACUUUCUGUUGCGCUCCAUCUACAUAUUUUUAAUGCUAAUCCUUCCACCUUUAAAGAAAACAAGAAUGUCUGCAAUACCAGUAAACUUGGUAGAAACUCUAUUUCAAGGCAUAGAACCACUGAGUUAAAAUUCUCAGGUGUUUUGCUCAGAUACUUUGUUUAUCUUGCACAGGGGUAAAGAACUUAGGUGCACAAUCCGCUGGGAUGUUCUCCUGGGCGAGUCCUGUAAGAAGGACUAGCAGCUGCUGAGGAGCACUGUAUUAAUUUCAGUGGUGCUUUUCUGAAGUGAACUUCCCAGUGGACUAUAUUCUUGGUAAAGUUUAAACGGUGUGGGUUGUUCAGUGGGAAUGAAAGCAAGUCAAAAAGAUGUUUACAAUUAUUCUCAAUCAUCUCUUUAAAGUAUGGUGUGAAUUUCUUCUGUGGAAAUAGGUAUGUGUCUUGAAAUGAGAGCUGUUAAAGUCAUGUAUCUUUAUUACUGAAACUUCCAUUUCUUUUCCUGAAGAAAUUGUAAUUUAUUUGGAGGGAAAUUCCAAGUUGCCUACUUUUUUUUAAAGAACUACUAACUAUAGGAUUUGUUGAAAUGAUGUUAGAAGAAAAGCAAGUGCAGCAGAAUUACCUGCAUUUCAAUGAAGUGUACCAUAAUCCUACAUGGGAGAACCAAGCUGAAGAAGGAGAGCAGGAAUACCGAUGUACUUCUCAGUUGUCGGAUGUAAUGAUGGCUCACUGUUCCAAGCUGGUUUGAAGACUGAGGUCCUUUAGACUUCCUGUUGGAACUCAUGAGGCCCCUUUUGUUCAAGUUCAGUAUACAUUGUGGCACUCCUUGAUUGUUAAUACAAGUCUCUAAUUUGUACCUGUUAGGUCCAUAAAGCUAAUGCAAGUCAACACCUAUUACUUGCUAAGUAUGUGCUGUGGCUACUUGUAAAUAGCAUCAUGAAUGUCAAUCUCCCUACAGUAUUGCUGUCCAACAGUUCCUUUUUUUCUUAUUUAUGCAGAGUUUGAACUUAACUGAUAUUAUUUAAUGCAACACUGAGCUAGCAAUAAAUGGUUUGUUCAGUGUCCAUUUUGGUGAAUGUAACUGACAUUGUCUUUCAAAAAAGCCAUUUUGUACUAUUACAAAAUUGUGUACAUUUUGGUACGGAUACUUUUUCAGUUUCAGUAAAACAGUGCAAAAGCAAA